AUGUCCUCGUCCCAGAGCGCGGUCAAGGAGCGGUACCACGCCCCUUCCAACAGCCGCCACUCGUCCAAAAUCACAGUCGAGUACCACCGCCCGUCGCGGGAAUCCAUUCAAGAGUACAACGACCUGCUCGCAGAGGCCCACCUCCACGCCGCAGCCGCCAACUCCUACUCUCCCGACACCUACGUCCCCUCCCGCUCCGCUCCGCCCCCGCCGCCCUCCCACUCAAAGUCCUCCCCUGGCCGGGUCCGCAAUUCCCUCCAGAAACCCCCACCCCGCAAGCCCACUCUCGAUCGCGAUCCCUUCCGCAACGACGCCCCCGCCAUGACGACCACCUCCCCCCCGCCCCGUCCUUCGAGGGCGAACACGGCCACCUUGAACGACAUCUAUUCCACCCAGCCUGCCUCUCCCACCUGCGCCGCAGAUGGCCACCCAGCACGCUGGACACAACCAAUACCCCACCUACGACGCACCCUCCCUCCCCCGGCCCCGUACGCCCCGAGCACGCCCUCGACGAUCAGCGCAGGCACCAGCCGUGCUCGCAGCAGCACCACCGGCAAGUCGAAGAAGGGUAUGUUCACCUUCAUGUCCGAUUUCCUCAACAACUCGAAGCGGCCCGAGAUCAGCACCCCUUACGAUCCCGUCCAUCUCACCCAUGUCGGCUUCAACACGUCCACCGGCGAGUUCACCGGGCUGCCGAAGGAGUGGCAGCAGCUCCUCCAGGAGAGCGGUAUCUCCAAGACCGAGCAGGAAAAGAACCCCCAGGCGGUCAUGGAGAUCGUCAAGUUCUACCAGGAGAACAACCGCGGCGACACCUCCGUCUGGGACAAGAUGGGAGCCGUCGCUGCUCCGACGCCGCCGACGCCGGUCGCGACCUCGCAGCAAAGGCCGUUCAUGGACGAUGGAUUUUCUAAUCCUCGCUCGGCUCCUCCUCCGCCCAAGAAGCCCACAUCAAACCCUGCAACGCCAGUCUCCCACCGGAUGGCUCCCCCUCCCCCAGCGCCCGUUUCGCCCUCCCUUGACCGCUCCACGUCGCAGCGGCUGCCCCAACAGAAGCCGUACAAGCCCUCUGACCAGCUCUCGCGUGCCAACACCACGCGCGACAGGCCCUCGCCCGGUCCGGACAAAUAUUCGGGGUCUCCCGCAGCACCGCCCAAGCCACCGAAGGCGUCUCCCGGCUCAUCCCAGACGGAGCUCCCACUCAAAGCAUCUCCGUCGGUGCGUGACCGGGAGCGUGAGGGCCGUGGGCCAGCAUCACAGCCUCAGCCCAGCGCCGCCGCCGCGAGCCUCAAGCAGGCCGCGGCUGCGGGCGGGGCAACCCCCCGGCGGAGGGAAAAGAAGGAGAAGGACCCGGCGAAGGAGGCAGACAUCGUCAAGCGGCUGCAGCAGAUCUGCACGGACGCGGACCCGACGAAGCUCUACCGGAAUUUGAUCAAGAUUGGUGCUGGUGCUUCUGGAGGUGUAUACACAGCGUACCAGGUCGGCACGAACCUGUCCGUCGCUAUCAAGCAGAUGGAUCUCGACAAGCAGCCGAAGAAGGACCUCAUCAUCAACGAGAUUCUCGUCAUGCGGGCAUCCCGUCACCCGAACAUCGUCAACUACAUCGACUCCUUCCUUCACAAGAACGAGCUCUGGGUCGUCAUGGAGUACAUGGAGGGUGGUUCGCUGACGGAUGUCGUUACCGCCAACCUCAUGACCGAAGGCCAGAUCGCCGCCGUCUCGCGCGAGACCGCCCAGGGCCUUGAGCAUCUCCACAAGCACGGUGUCAUCCAUCGUGAUAUCAAGUCCGACAACGUCCUGCUGAGCAUGAACGGCGAUAUCAAACUGACCGAUUUCGGGUUCUGCGCUCAAAUUUCGGAGACGAACGCGAAGCGGACGACCAUGGUCGGUACGCCGUACUGGAUGGCUCCGGAGGUCGUGACGCGGAAAGAGUAUGGCCCCAAGGUUGACAUUUGGAGUCUGGGUAUCAUGGCUAUCGAGAUGAUCGAGGGAGAGCCUCCAUAUCUCAACCAGAACCCGCUCAAGGCGUUGUACCUCAUUGCAACCAACGGCACUCCCCAGAUCGCCAACCCGGAAUCGCUUUCCCCCAUUUUCCGGGAUUAUCUUGCCAAGACGCUGGAGGUGGAUGCGGAAAAGCGGCCGAAUGCGCACGAAAUCCUGCAGCACCAAUUCUUCAAGCUCUCGGAGCCGCUGCGCACACUGACGCCGCUCAUCAAAGCGGCGCGCGAGAUCGCCAAGAACAAGUAA